GCAACUCCUCCAUUUCUUUCUCCGCCAUCCCAUCCCCCCUCUCUCUGCUCAGCUGCCCAUUCCCAUCCCGCUCUUUUCUUUUCUUUUCUUUUUUCCAGAUCAAGAUACCCAAAUCCAUCAUCUCUUCCGAGUUUAUAUCUUUUCUGUAAAGUUUCUUUAUUUAAUUUUUGGGAGGAAAAAUGCAGGAGCAAGCUGCUACAAGCUCCAUUGCUGCCAGCUCUCUUCCUUCCAGCAGCGAAAGAUCUUCCAGCUCUGCCUUCCAGCUUGAAUUCAAAGAUGGAAUUGAAAGUGAUGAGGAGAUUAGGAGAGUGCCAGAGAUGGGUGGAGCAGCAGGCGGACUAACUGCUUCGAGCCGCGAUGGCCCUUCGAUAGCUGGUCCCACUCAGCUAUCGACCGGGAGUCAAAGGAAGAGGGGUAGAAGCCCGGCUGACAAAGAGAACAAGAGGUUAAAAAGGUUGUUGAGGAACAGAGUUUCGGCACAACAAGCGAGGGAGAGGAAGAAGGCGUAUUUGAUAGAUUUGGAGGUUAGGGUGAAGGAGUUGGAGACGAAGAACGCCGAGCUGGAAGAGCGGGUUUCCACCCUCCAAAAUGAAAACCAAAUGCUAAGACAUAUCUUGAAGAACACCACCGCUAGCGGCAGCGGUCAGGAAGGGCGGAAAUAGAUCGGUGUCGAUGAGAGCCACCAUUGGAGGUUUUAGAGUUACAACUUAGAGUCUUUAGCCAUGCUUGGAAGUAAAAAUGCUGUUUUGUUAUAAAUGCAAAUCUAGUGAUGUUAGAACUUAAUUCUGAUUUUUGAAAAUUAUAAUUAAUUAAUCAAUGCAUAGUAUGACA